AUCCUGUCAUCGUCGCUCGUUAGCCUCCUACCAUCAUCGUCGCUCGUUAGCCUCCUACCAUCAUCGACGCUCGUUAGCAUCCUACGCUCCAGCUAGCGAAAUGUCACAGUCCGGUGUGCAACAGACGCUACAGCGAGCACCGCCGCCGCCGCCCUCGAGGUUAAAGGUCGCUGCAACCGUCCUGUUCCACUCGACAUGCGCAAUCAGUGUCACUCUCAUCUCCAAGUCCGCGUUGAACGGCGUUGAGCUUCCGGUGUCACUGCUGGCGCUGCAAACAACCGUCCAAGUCCUCCUCCUGACCGCCAUUGGCAGGCCAUUGGGCUGGAUCCGCUUCAGGAGACCGCUUUCUGCAUGGAAAGCCAUCUUCCCGCUCUGCUGCGCGCGUCUAGUCGGAAUCCUCGCCAAAACCCUCUGCCUCGCAGCCGUCAAUGCAUCAUUCUACCAGAUCGCGCGGGGCCUGCUCCUCCCAUUCACGCUGCUCCUCUCCUACGUGAUCCUGCGUCCGCGCCCCACCAACCCGCCGCUCUCCCUCUUCGGCUGCGGCGUCAUCAUGCUCGGCUUCGGCACCGGCAUGGUAACGGACAUCCAAAAGAUGUUGACCUCGUACAAGGGCCUGUUCCUUGGCGUCGGGAGCUCCUUCACGACCGCCGUGGAAUCCGUCGUGGUCAAGAAGUUCCUGGGCAAGGGUGACGAGGGGAUGUGGCAGCUGGUGUGGAUGUCGUCCGUGAUGCAGCUGGUGCUGUACGUCCCGAUCCUGACGAUCUCCGGCGAGACGACGCUGCUCGCCGCCACCACCCCGCUGGUCUUCUCGCAGUUCGUGCGUGCAGCUAUCAUGACCGGCUUCGCCUCGUUCCUGUUGACCCUCGCGACGUUCCUCCAGAUCUCAGUCACCAGUCCGACUACGCACAUGAUCGUCACCGCCGCCCGCGGCGUCGCGCAGAGCGCCCUGGCCGUAAUGAUCCUCGGCGAGAGUGUCACCGCCGGCCGCGUCUGGAGUAUGGCUUGUAUACUGGGUGGCAGCACCAUCUAUGGCAUCGGGAAGGAUAGGCUGAGGGAGACGAAGGAGGUGCAGCGCGCAGGGGGGUAUCAGGCUGUGCCUGUGGGCGAGGCGGACGUGGAGUUGGGCGAGAAGAAGUAGUUUAUCGUUUAUCGUUUAUCGCGAUACGAGGCUGGUACGCUCGUGGAUCACUGGGGGGUUUUGGUGCCCGUGAGUUUUUAUCUAUUUGGUUGGCAUAGACUUUAUUUCUACUAUAGAGCGAUAAUUAUUCUUUAUGCAGUGUACACUGUAACUACUACCUACCACGCAAUGGGAUUUUUGACUGUGUACCUAACACACCAGCGGAAUAGAGUUCAUACGGUACGGUACCAAU